AUGACCGAGUAUGGGGAAUGGGCCGGUAAAUCAGAACUGGGCCCAAGUAAGCCGAAAUUUGACCCAACAAUUGGAAAGACUGAAAUAAAUUUAAUUCUAUUGCCUUUCCUAUGCGGUGAGGUAAAAGUUGUGGACAGAACUGCUGUUAUCACAGCGAAUGUAGAAAUUGUGGUCGUGAGGCCCCCUGGCAUUCAAGAAGCCCUUAAUGCUAAGGCCACAAAAUACCGUCAAGGCCGAUCUUUCAUACAACCAUCAGGCAGUGAAGAUGUGAUAGUGUAUGCAGAAGCAUCCACCCAGGAAGCAGCUGACAGCCUAGCCAACUCUGUAGCAAGACCUGUGGCUUUGGACCAUUUCCCAGGAUUUGGUUCUAUCUUUCAUUCUGCAACUAAGUUUGAAAGAUCUGCUAGGGUCAUUAUUGGACCAGUUUGA